AUGUCCACCAUCACUGAGAUUACCACUCAGUCGCAGUGGGACGAGACUCUCGACUCCCUGCCAUCGUCGACCCUGUUGGUCGUCUCUUUCCACGCUCCCUGGGCAGCGCCAUGCGCCCAGAUGGCCACUGUCCUCUCCACACUCGCAUCAGAAUAUCCCGUUGCAGAGCCCUUAAGCACGAAAUGGGUGUCCAUAAAUGCCGAGGAACUUAGCGAUAUUAGCGAGGCUUAUGACGUUACCGCCGUUCCUUUCCUCGUCCUGAUCCGAAACGGUCAGGUCAUAGAGACCGUCAGCGGCAGCAGUGCCGUCAAAGUCAGAACCGCCAUCGAGACGCACGCUCAAAAGGAUGCCUCGGCGCCCACAGCCGCCGUCAACGGCGUCAACCAGACCAAUGCGCCAAUCACCAAGACGAACGAAGCGAAUGUUGAUCCUGAGAAACAGAAGGAGGAGCUUUUCAAGCGCCUGGGCGACCUUGUCAAGGCUGCACCCGUCAUGCUGUUCAUGAAGGGAACACCUAGUGACCCCCAGUGUGGCUUUUCAAGGCAGAUGGUUGGCAUUCUGCGGGAGAACUCUGUGAAAUAUGGCUUCUUCAACAUUUUGGCAGAUGACGAGGUUAGACAAGGGUUGAAGGAGUUUGCCGAGUGGCCAACUUACCCUCAAUUGUGGAUUGAUGGAGAGCUUGUUGGUGGUUUGGAUAUUAUCAAGGAAGAGAUGGGCAACGACGAAAACUUUUUCAAGCCAUACGCGGUUGGUGGAACCGCCGAUGCUGCUGCCGCUUGA